AUGAGAAUAAUAUUUAAAUUUAUUUUUGUAUUAUUUUUAUUAAAUUUAUUAUUCAAAGGAAAUUAUGGUAUAGAUAAAGAUUAUCCACCAAAAAAUGAAAGUGAAAUUGUCAUUGGUUUUGUGGCACCUAUUGGUGAUAUAGAGUUCGAUCAAUAUAUAACUGGUGCAAAAUAUGCAUUCAGUAAAUGGGAAGAGGCAUUCAAUAAAAGAGGGAAAUCUAUUGUAUUACAUAGACUCGCUGAGGAUACAAACGACAUCCUUGACUCUUUAAGUAUGGUUCAAUAUCCAGUUGCAGGUAUUAUUGGUCCAGCUUAUUCAGGUUCAUCUUCAACAUCUUGUUUAGUUUAUGGUGCUUUCAGUGUUCCAAGUAUUAGUUUUUAUGCCACUGGUACUGAUCUCUCAAACCCAAGUUUAUACCCAUAUUUCAAUCGUGUUAUGCCAGACGAUAGAUUACAAGUUAAAGCCAUUCUUUCAUUAGUAGAAAAGAAUGGUUGGACCCGUAUUUCAUGUGUUCAUACCAAUGAAGAUUAUGGUAAUGGUGGUGCCGAUCAAUUAGUUCAACAAUCAAAUGCCAGAGGUAUUACUGUUAACACUAAUCAAGCUAUUACAGCAAUCGAUGGAGAUGACGUCCCAACAAAAGAAGAGUACGAUAUUGUAUUUGAUAAUUUAGCUGCUGCCAAAUCUAGAGUUAUUGUACUCUAUGCUAUUUUCCCAAAAGAUUGUUUAGGUGUUUGGGAAAAAGCUAAAGAAAGAGGUUUCAUGGGUAAAGGUUUCACUUGGAUCGUAACUGAUGGUUGUGCUGAAUUAACAAAUGGUUACAACGAGUCUAUUGUUGGUGUUCUUGCUACUUUCCCAAGAUACAAUGCAGAUGAUAAUUUCAAUGAAUUUGAACAAUAUAUCAUUAAAGAAUCAGGUACAACAGAUGGAUCAUUCUUUAAAGGUGCUUCAUUCUCUUAUGAUGCUGCAUUUGCCAUGUUAAAAGCUAUGGAUCACGCUUUAGAAAAUGGCAAGGAUGUUUGGGAGGGUUCAGAUCUUUUAGAAUCAAUUAGAACAAUCACAUUCGAAGGUAUUACUGGUACUAUUUCAUUCGAUCCAACUACUGGUGAUAGACUUCACGGUGUUUUCUCUCUUUUGAAUCUUAUCGACUACAAUAAAGGUUCAUUCGAUAUCAUUGGUUUUAUCGAUCCAAAUAAUGGAACCAUCUCUUUGUCCCAAGAUAUUCUUUAUUCAGGCCCAUCAUACGCUGUUCCAUCAGAUUAUCAAGUAAUUGUUUACGACAAGACCUUAAAUAUAGUUUUAGGUGUUAUUACAGGUGUUUGCAUUUUAAUCGUUUUAUUCAUUGGUGCCGUCAUUGUAUUACAAUGGAGAAAAUUCCGUUACUCAUCACCACUUUUCUGCAUGUUCAUUAUUAUCGGUGCUCUUUUAGGUUUAUCAUCAGUAUUUGUUCUUCUUCCAUCACCAACCGUUCCAUUAUGUUCAAGUUUCCCAUGGUUACUUGGUCUUGGUUAUGUUAUCUUAUUUGGUUCACUUUUCACCAAAACUUGGAGAACAUGGAGAUUAUUCUCUAAUGCUAGAAAAUUCAAAGUUAUUCGUAUUACCAACCAAUAUAUUCUCACUCUUGUAGGUGGUUUCAUCCUCUUAGAAAGUAUCUUUAUGAUUCUUUGGACCACCAUCGAUAGACCAAUCCCAUUAGCAGAACCAAUUUACAAAGCUGGUGAAGCUCAACUUCAAUGUACCUCUGACUCUGAAGCAUGGUGGUAUGUUUUUGUAUUCUAUAAAGUUUUCUAUAUCUUUGUAGGUGUAUUUUUAGCAUUCAAAACUAGAGAUGUUGUUGAUUCAUUAAAUGAAUCAAAACCAAUUACUUUAGCUUUAUACAAUUUAACAUUUGUUAUGAUUGUUUCAAUUGCACUUGGUUUCAUUUUAAGAGAUAAUCCAACCGCCAUUAUUGUAAUUCAAAUUAUUGCAAUUUUACUUGGUUUCACUGUUACUGUAGCCGUACUUUUCUUGCCAAAAGUUUGGAAAAUUCUUUCAGGUCAACAACAUUCAGUCGACUCUAUUGGUACAUCAAUGGACUCAAUGGGUCGUACCACUCAAGAUCAAUCAAGAGGUUACACUACUCAAGACUAUAAUAAUCAAUCAGUUGGUAGAUCUUUCUCAGCUAGUGCUCAAGGUUUCAACAAUGUUCAACCAUCUAACCACCCACAACUUGGUAUUGUUUACACUGGUGGUGAACAAUUCCCAAGAUUAUCAUCACUAUCAUUAGCCUCAAAGAGCGAAGCUGAAAUUAAUGUAAAUAGUGAAGUUAUUAACAAGGCAAAAGCUUCUGAAAAUAACAAAAAUAACAAUAAUAACGAUGAAUCACAAGCUUAA